AAGCAAAGGAAAAGCAAACGUGAGAACUGAAAAACAGUUGCUGGAGGAAAAGAUGGGAAAUAGUUCGUGAAAAGUGAAAUUUUACCAAUGAAAGUGUAAGCAUAACAAACCGGAAAAUCCUGCUUGUUUUUGAAAAUAAAAAAUAUGAAAUUCUCAUUAAAAAAGUAAAAUAUACAAUAUCAUAAAAGCAAAACUUUAAAAAGGGGUGCAGCAGCAGCUGAGCAGUAGAAACAAAAGAAAAGCUAGAGCGACGGCGGCGGCGAACAAAGAGCGAGGACAAACUAGUUUAGGGAAGUGCAAAAGAGCGUGGGUACAUGUGAGAGCGCAAAUAAAACCGCUAAUUGUACAAGCACAAGAAACUUUGAACAAUAACAACAAACCAAAAGACACCCUGCAAACGACACACGCUACGGAAACAAGAACGGCAAAACAAUCGUUAAGGGGCUAAUUGUGUUGGGUUGGAUAUGUGUUAUAUUUGUUGGAGGGAGCUUGUGGGGUUUGUUGGAUAGGGGGUAAACAAAAUUUGGAGUUCCGUGAAAAUUGAAGAGAAGUUGUGGUCAACUGAAAGAAAUGAGCAAAGAGCGAACUUUUAAUAAUGUCAAUAAAAAUUUAGAGGCGUCAAAUUGAGGCACAGCACAGCGGCCGAGCUGCGCUGUUUGCAGAGCUGAAGGCAGCAUACAACAGCGGUUUUUCAACGAAUGGGUCGCGGGCAGACACGAAGGCAGCGACGGUUACGUUGCCUAUGUGAGGCAAUACGACGGCAUUGAGUAUGCCAACAGAAGAGUUCGUUCCAACAAGACGUGUGAAAAGCAGCUGAAGAAUUUCAAUAAGGAUUUAUGUGAAGAAAAACUUUGAAUGAUGCAAUUUAAAAACCAAAAAAAAUUAUUGAAAUUUAAGUGCAAAAGACAUUUCUGAAAUUAAACAAAUUAAGUAAAAACAAUAUGGAAUGAAUAAUUAAAAAAAAUUACUAUACUGAAAUUGAGACGGGCGAAUGUGUAGUGAUGAUGUAUGGUCUAGGAAAUGUGCAGAGAAGUGGGGUGAAGACGAAGACAAAGGCAAGCAGCAAAGCAGUAGCGCUGGCGCAUGCAAAUUGAACGUACGCGUAUGUGAAUAGGAAAUUUAAAAGAAGUUGAAAAAAUACUAAUUGUUAGGUCAAAAUAUUCGAAUAAAUGUACGUAACUUGUAAUUAAAAGUACAAACAUUUUUAAUUUUUACAAAAACAGCAAGCAUGUGAGCGCAGAAAAGCAAUAUUAAACACUAAUAGCCGAAGAAGAAGCAGAAUAAGCAAAAGUGUAGAUAAGUAAAACAAGAAAAAACAGCAGAGCUAAGAAGCAAAGCAUUAUUUCGUUCAAGAGCAGAAAAAAUGUAUGCCGAACACAGAGAUUUGUGAAGUAGUGCACGUAAAAAAUUGAUUGAGCGUGAAAACGGAAAAAAUAUCAGAAAUAUUUGCAGAAAAGUGUUUUUAAUCUAGAAAAUCUAUGAGAUAAAAAGAAGAACGUUAUAAGUGAGCUAACGCAACGUGUCUGCUGUGGUGAAGUAAGACGACAAAUGCUGGUGUAGAAAAAGAUUGGCGACGUGUUCGAGGGGGCGUUGGGCGUAAACAGCUGUGGUCAUAGUUUUUUUCUGCGGUUGGAUGUUAGUAAAUUUGUCGAUCACAAAGGUGAUAAUCAAAUUCAUUAGUUCAGGUUAACUAGAUAAAUGGUCAACCAGUUGAUAGGCAAGUGGCUUGUUACAAAACCAGGAUGACUAUUUCAUUGUGUCUUAUUGAAAAAUGUGAAUACUUUGGUAAAGACAGUGCUCUCUCCGUAAUUGGGAGUUUAUGAUUGAUCUUUGAACAAAAUAAUACAAUAUAAUUCCACACAUUAAAGACAUUUGAUCACAAAUUGGCACGGUGAAUAAUAAGAAAAUAUUAAAAAAAAAAAAGAUUAAAGCGACUUUUUAAGAUCAAAGUCAAUAAUUUUUAGAUUGACUUUUCACACCAAUACCAUUAAAAACAUGACUACCGCCGAUUGCAUGGAAUCGCUACUCAGCUCUAUGUCAAGCACAUUUGAUGCUGAAUGCGCUACGAGCACCGCUGAAGGUGGUUCGCUGCUCAAUCACGAUUUGGCCGAAGACAAAACGUUGAAAUGGCGUACUUUGGUGAAUAAUCAAUUCGCAUGCAAAGAUAAGGACAGAAAAAUACAACCACUCAAGCAGCAGGCUACAUCUACGGCUAACAGCACCACUCAACAGGAGGGUAAACAAAGUCAAAACAGCAGUACAACAAGCAGCAGCAGCAGUAGCAACAACAGCAAACAUAUUAAAGAAGAGCAGUUGCUAAAGGAGGGUGACAAAAAGUUAGCGGUGCAAAACAAGGCCGGCGAAAAAGCUGCACUUGCACUUGAUAAACGAACACUCGAUCAGGAAGAAUGCACAUCUACCGCCGACUUCAUGGAGGAGCAAAUGAAGGCAUUGCUGGCAGAUGAUGAAGACGUGCAGCAGCAGCAGCUCAAUGAGUCCGCUGUAAAUGAGCCAACAAAUUGUGGGUCAACUGUCGGCAAAGAGGAAACUAUUGCUGGCGAUGAUAAAACUUCGUUGCAUGAAAGCGAAUCCUCAGCUGUUGCUGGCACAAGUGAUGACACGCCAAGCAGAAAGAGACGCAGCAAUACAAGCACAAGCAAUAGCAACUGCAGCAACUACAACAGCAGCAGCAAUGCGAGCAUUGGCACUCUGGCUCAAGGUCAGUGUGAAGAUAACUGUCAUGAUGACGUCUCGGACACAAAACGUGCAUGCAAUCAGGUUGUCCCGGUGGCCGCCGAUGCCCAACUGGAACAUAUUGUACCUAUGCAAGCGGAGCAGCUGCCAGCUAAUGCCAUUACAGAAGCUACAUUGGUUGCUGCUACUAUCACGGCAGAUGCAGCAGAUCUAGUUUUGGUUGAAUUGGAUGCAAUAAAGCAGGAUAUCGAUGAGGAAUUGGUGGCUUCAGCAGCAAAUAGUGCAAUGUGUGAAUUGGCGAUUGAUGACUCUUUAACUACAAUAAUAACAACAGCAGCCAAUGUGCCAACUACGGCUGAAAUACAGUUACCGCUUGGUGAGCACAAAAUAUCCGCCCUCUGCAGCAGUAACGGCAGUGCACCGACCAAUGACGAUCAGGGAGCGGCAAAAAGGAAUGAGAGUGAAAAAACAAGCGAUAGCACUGGCGACAGCAGUGAUGCUGCUGCUGAUAAAAAUACAUCCGAUGUGCGCGCGGCCAGCGUCAGUCCGCUACGUCGCCUACGACGAGCACGUCGAUUUUCCGAGGUUGCCGUUUUUAGCGAAGCACUGCCACAGACCACUACAAAAGCAUUGACGAAGGUGGAAAUUGAUGAAACAAUAAUACAACUUCCGGCAAAGGAGGAGACGGUACCAAAUUCAGUUCCUGUUGCUGCAAGUAACGAUGUUGCACUGCCUAUUACAACUACAGUGGCAGCUGGUGCGCUUGAAGCCGCGGCCGCAACAGCAGCUGCUGCAGCACAAGCACAACUUCAGCUGCAACCAGUGAAACGUGGACGUGGUCGCGGCAGAAAAAUUACUGUCACAAUGGAAGGAUUCGAACAAAGUUUGGAUGUAUUGGCAAAGGAGGAGGGCAAACAACAAUUGAAGCCACAGCAACAAUUGCCAGCAACAACGCCGGCGUUGCUUACGAUGGCGCAAGAGCGCAAACCGGUAGGACGUAGGCGCAAACAAGUCGAAGACAGCAACACUAACGGCACUGAAGGUACUGUAGUUGUUACUGUGCCAGCGAUUAAAAUCGAGACGGAUGCCGGCGAUAGUAAUGGCGGCAAGGACUUGUCGCUCAGUUCUGAUGCUAGCGCAACGGCUAGCAAUAGCGAUGGCAGCAAGCGAAUGCGACGCAGCGUGCGGCUCGGCAAUCGUUCGGAUGUCAGUGCAACGCCUGCCGGGAAUAACAAGCAGCUGGAGGGCCCACCCCUUGAGGAAAUCAAAAUCGAACCAGUACCCAGUGCGACAAAUCCCCCAUUGACACUCAUUGAUCCGCUCAGUUUAACAGAAUCAUCUAGUAAUGCAGAGAAAUCGCCCAUUUCUACGGCGGAGGAGCGCACACCGCCGAAGAAACGGGGACGCAAGUCGAAACUGCAUCACUUACAACAACAGCUACUCCAGCAGCAGCAGCAACAGCAGCAGCUCGAAAAGCCGCAGUCUAGUGCAAGCGGCGCGAAUAGCGAAAGCAGCGAUCAAACACCGCCUGGCUCGGCGACGAAGCGCGGCGCCCACAACACCUAUGCGGUCAUACCGAAACGCUCACAGCGCCGCAUUAAACCAACCACGAAAAUACUUGAGAACAGUCAACUGCGCUACGAAUUCGAAACGAACAAUAUUGUGCGUUUGACGCAGGCGCAUAAUUGGGAGGAUGGCGGUGGCGGUUUGCAAAACGCAAGCGUCCCUGAGGCAGCAGCUGCAGUUAGUAGCAGCCUAGCGGAAGCGGAGAAAACGCAACAAUCGGCAGGCAACAAGCAGCCAAAGCCCGAGAAGGUUGAGCGCGCAGAGGUGGUCGAAGAGAAAGUAGUCGCUUACGGCACGAAUUCUGUGAAGAAGAAAUUGUGUGCCAAACUGCUGCGCGACAUUGAGGCCUCGCGCGCCGCUUUGUUGGCGAAGAAACAAGCUCAAUUGACGCGCCCGCGCUGUCCGGAUGUGCAGAAAUUCCUUAGUGAAAUCAAGGCGUCCAAAUGGCAUGCGAACCGUUUGACGGAGGAACGUAAGCUAACCAAGAAGCAGUUACGCAAGUUGGCCAAACAGAAGGAAAAUAAUUUGCGGAAGCUGGGUUUGCGACGCAAUACCAGUGAAGAAGCGAGCGAUGUUGAUAGCUUGAGUGACAAUGAGGAGUUUGUGCCGACCACGCGUGUGCAGGUGGAGCGGCGCAGUCACACAUUGCGGCAACGUGGCGCGGCCAAGGAGACCACACCCAUGUUAACAGCGGCAACGCAACAAUCAGUGGUGGUGGCGGCGGCGCCUGCACGCGCGGUCACUGUAUCUCCGAUUAGCGUAAAAGCUGGACGUAAACCGCAUGCGCGUCAAAGAAAUGUUGCAGAAAAGCAAACAAACGUAACAACACACAAACAAACAGCGAGUGCGGGUGCGAGCGCGAGUGGUAGCAAGCAGCAAUCGUUGCAAGCGCCAGCGCUGGAGGUAAUCGAAAUUAAUGAGUCGUCACAAGAGCUGCAAUCGCCCAGAAGCCGGUCAACAGGUGCAGCUGUCUCAGCAAGCGCGCUCAACGCUAUUGGCACCGUGGUGCCCAUGCCAAUGCCAUCACCGCCUGCCAAGCAUCCACAGCUGCAACGCGGCUUGAUCUGCUACUGUGAGCAGAAGACACAAUUUUACACACGCAAUACGCCCGAAACGACAUACUGUUGGGCCAUUGACAAUAUUGAAGAGCAAAAAGUGGGCUGCAGCAAUCAGCUAAGUGGCGAGGUGUUCAAUUUGUUGCGUCCAAGUCAGCGUGUCAGCUACAUGGUGCUGUGCGAAGAUCACCAGAAGCGCUUGCGUACGCACAACUGCUGUGCUGGUUGUGGCAUGUUUUGUACUCAGGGUAAAUUUGUGCUUUGCAAGCGUCAACAUUUUUUCCACAACGAAUGCGCUGAGAAAUUCAUACUCAGCAGUCCCAUCGAUCCACAACAGCCGGCGAGUACCUACAAUAGUCGCACUUUGGUGCUGAAGUGUCCGCAUUGCGGCAUCGAUACGCCAGAACGUACCUCCAUCGUAUCGAUGAAAUGCCAAACAUUGCCUGUAUUCUUGCCUAGUCAGCGAGCGCCCAAAAGUAAAACUUUGAAAAUAUCGUUACCUACAUUGAGCGGUGCUCACCAACCGAAUGGCCAUUCCAUUGCGUCGCUGAGUGUCGCUGUAAAUAAUUCUUCAACUAGCAGUGACGCCGCUGCCACCAGUGCAGCGCCUAAGCACACGAAACCGCUUCAAAUUAAUUUCGAACAACUCAUACCCGAGUCCGUGAUGAAUGUAGUGCUGCGCGGCCGGGCGCCGAGCAGCAGAGAUGGACGACGUGGCACCGUUGGCAGCACACGCAGCUCCAUUCCGGAAUUCUCGACACGUGACAUGUACUAUGCGGUGAAAAAUGAUGAUCUCGAGCGCGUUGCUGAAAUACUCGCCUCCGAUUUUGAUGUGAAAACGCGAAUGCGCGAAUUUCUCAAUGGCACUUGCUUGCAUUUGGUCGCACUGUCUGGCACUUUGCCGAUGGCUUUUCUGCUCCUUUGUAAAGGCUAUGCUAAGGAAUUUGUCAAUAUGUUGGACCGUGAGCUGCGCACAGCGGCGAUGUGCGCCGUGUUGGGCGAUAAAUGUGAUAUACUCAAUUUGUUCAUACAAUGCGGCGCCGAUUUGGCAAUAAAGGGUCUGGAUGGCAUAACGUGUCUGCACAUUGCCGCCAAAUUGGGUAACCUUGAGGCGACGCAAUUGAUUAUCGACAGUUACAGGUCAUGUCGCAGUAUUUUAAGUUUUAUGGAUUUUAUUAAUGCCCAGGACGAUGGCGGCUGGACGGCUAUGGUGUGGGCAGCGGAAUUGGGCCACAUGGAAAUUGUGAGCCUCUUGCUAAAUCAUGGCGCCGAUCCGAAUAUUUGCGAUAAUGACAAUAACACCGUUCUACAUUGGGCCACGCUGCAUAACAAUGGCUUAGAGACGGUUACAAUGUUGUUGCAGGCCAGCACCGACUGUAAUGUGCAAAAUGUGGAUGGUGAUACACCGCUUCACAUCGCCUGUCGUCAUUCCAUUACCCGCCUGUGUAUUGCACUUAUUGCUAACGGCGCCGAUCUAAUGGUGAAGAACAAAGCAGGCGAACUACCCUACGAUUGUAUACCACACGAAGAUUCCGAGUGUGCGCGUACGGUCGGUUUCAAUAUGCAGAUGCGUACAUUCCGUCCUUCGGGGUUACGCAGCCGCAUUGUUUGCGAUGACAUAUCAAAUGGGCGUGAAAGGCGUCCUAUUCAGGUGGUGCGCAAUGAGCAGAAAUUGUGCGGCAAUGCAGCUGGCGCUGAGCAGAAUGGUGGCAAUGAGGAAAUGGCGGGUCCAUCGUCAACAUCGGCUGCCUCUAUUAGUCAUGAUGAAUCCGAUGAGAUUAUGUUGCCCGAUUUGAAAUAUAUAAAAAAAUCGAUAAUAUUACAAAAUUGUACACCAAUCGAUUACCGGGUGGCGCAGAUGCGCAUCUGCUCGUGUUUAGAUGGCUGUAUUUCAUCGCAGUGUCAGUGCACGGAGGCAUCUGGACAGAAUUGGUAUACCGCUGAAGGUCGUUUGUGUGCCGAUUUCAAUUUCGAAGAUCCAGUACCCAUAUUCGAAUGCAACGAUGUCUGCGGUUGCAAUAAGCUCUCUUGUCGAAAUCGUAUUGUACAAAAUGGCAUACGCAUACCACUGCAAGUGUUCGAAUGUAAUGAUCCGACUAAAGGUUGGGGUGUACGCACUCUGGUACAUAUUCCCAAGGGCGCCUUCGUCUCCGAAUAUAUCGGCGAAAUACUCAGUAAUACCGAAGCCGAUCGACGCACUGACGAUAGUUAUUGCUUUGAUUUGGAAAAUGGCCAUUGCAUCGAUGCGAAUUACUUUGGCAAUGUCAGUCGUUUCUAUAAUCAUUCGUGCGAGCCGAAUAUUGUGUCGGUGCGUGUAUUUUUCGAACAUCAGGAUUAUCGCUUUCCGAAAAUUGCAUUUUUCGCCUGUCGCGAUAUUGAAGCGGCCGAAGAGCUAUGCUUCGAUUAUGGCGACACAUUUUGGCUAUUCAAAAAUCGUCAUCUCUCGUGCAAAUGUCUAACAGCCGCUUGUCGUUAUGCGGCGGCCAAGCCAAGUGGGGGCGCUGAUGCUGCGCCAGCAAACGCACCGGUUUCAUUCAGCGUGCCACAGCAAGCGCCUGAGAUAGUUGUAGUCAGCGCUCAUGCAGCGGCAAGUAGUAGCAAUUUAAGAAAUGGUCACGCUGCCUAAAUAAGUAAUAUAGUUAAUUUAUAUUUUUUUUGUAUUUUUUUUUUGUUUUUGCAAAAAGUAUGGUUUUAAGUGUGGAAUUUAUGUUUGUAAAGUAAUUUAAGCAUUUAGUUUUUAAUAUUACAAAUAAUUAAAUAUAUGAAAAUGUCCAAGCAAAAUGUAACAAACAGCAAAGUAAAUGGUUUUUCUUUUUGUUUUUAUAAAAUCGUAGCAUAUUUCGUUGUUUACACUAUGUGCUGCCGCUGUAUGUUUUGCUUUUAUUUUUAGUUGAAUGCGUUUGUUAAUUUUAAUUUAAGUUUUAUUGUAAUCAAAUGAUUAAAAAAAAUGUCCUUCUAAAUAUCAUAUACAAAUGUAAGAAAUAUAUACUUAUACAUAAUCAUAGUAAUUUAAACACACUCUGCACACUGUUCUUUCAACAACGUUUCGCGUAGGUGCAACACUUUCGGGAUUUACAUUUUGUAAAUGUUUGCCAAAAGUGCCUUGAAUAAGUAAAGAGUAGCCGUAAAGCAAGCUUGAGAUAGACUGUGGGUGUCGACAUGUAUGCGGAAACUUUGUUGAAAUGAAGUAUUCAGAAAAUAUGCAUGCAAUACAAACACAUUUCUUAUAAAAAUAGAAUUUCUAAAAUGAUGAGACGUGUGAAAAACGCUAUGGAACUUUUGCGAAUCACUAAAAUUUAUGCUAAGAACUGUGCGCCGUUGUGGGCAUUCCACGUAAUGUCUAAUACUAUAUUUCGUUUUUCCUAAAUAAUUAUAACAAAUUUUAGUCAAAUAGGAAUUUAAAGAAGGAAUAAAAAAUAAAAUAAUAAAUGAUAAAAAAACAACUUUAUUUGAAAUAUAAACUUACCACCUUGAAUACAUGAAAUUGUUAAAAAAAAAGUAAUACAAAUAAAAACAUAGAGUAGAAAUAUUUAAUAAAAUCAACAGACAAAUAUAAACAUAACCUAAAACAUAUUUAUAAGCAUGCAACUUAUUUAAUGACAAACUAAAAUGUAAACCAUAUUAAAAUGUAAUAAAAUAUUA